AGACCUUAUAUAAGUGGUGUGAGUCUGUCUCAGUGUGUGUUAGCUGCAGGAUGAAGAUGUCACACAUGCUGCUGCUUGCUGCAGCUUUCAGCAUCCUCAUUUGUAAUGGCACACAUGGAGAGAAAAUCAUCAAUGGCCAAAAAGCCAAGAAGAACUCACUGCAGUACAUGGCAUCUGUGCAGAUGAAUAUGAUACACAAAUGUGGAGGAUUCCUCAUAAACCCCAGCUACGUGCUUACCGCAGCACACUGUAAAUCUAGUGACAGUGUGGUCCUCGGGACUCACGACAUCGAUCCGAAAAGGAAUAAUCUGAGAAGGUACACAGUGAAAAGUGUGCACAUCCACCCAUCUUACAAGGGAGCACGUAAUGGAUCUGACAUCAUGCUACUGAAGCUUUCAGAGAAAGUCAGUGUGAAUAAGGGUGUGAAGAUCAUCAAAUUGUCAAGCAAGGGCAAACAGGUUAAGCCCAAUAGCAAGUGCCAGGUCGCAGGAUGGGGAAGAACUGAAACCCAGGAAAAGGUGAAUGACCUCCUGGUGGCUGAUGUAUCAACCAUUAAUAUUGCAGUCUGUAAGAAGGAGUGGAAUAAGGUGAAUAUGGUUCUCCCAAAUAACAUUCUGUGUGCCGGAGGCUACAACACCGAAAGUGGAGCAUGCCAGGGUGAUUCUGGUGGGCCUCUGGUCUGCAACGGUGUGGCAGCGGGCAUUGUGUCAUUCAAUUAUUUUCAAAAUUGUAAAUAUCCAAAUGUUCCUAAUGUCUACACUGACAUUUCAGCUUAUUCUGACUGGAUUACGAGCGUGAUCAAAAGAGAUGGGCAGGGCCAUGAACACAUUUUGUUGCCUAAUAAAGAAAACCACUGUCAGCAGGUGAUGAAACGCAGCGAUAUAAGAGGGGUGAGUUUUUGUGAGUGUGUCAUUGGCAAGAUGAAAGUGUUACACAUCCUGCUGCUUGCUGUAGCUUUCACCAUCCUCACUUUAAAUGGCACUCACGGCGAGGAAAUCAUCAAUGGCCAAAAAGCCAAGAAGAACUCACUGCAGUACAUGGCAUCUGUGCAGUAUCAACACAAUCAUGAAUGUGGAGGAUUUCUCAUAAACCCCAGCUACGUGGUUUCUGCAGCACACUGCUACCUUAAGCAUUAUCAUAAUUUCCUUAAUGUGGUCCUUGGGAGUCACAACAUCAAUCCGGAACGAAAUGAUCUGAAAAGAUACACAGUGGAAAAAGUGCAUGUCCACCCAUUUUACAAAAUAAAACCAGAUUUGGGGUAUGACAUCAUGCUCCUGAAGCAGAUUUCACCAGAAAUCAGUCCAAAUGAUGUACAUGUGAAGACCAUCGAAAUCUCAAGCAAGCAUCCGGAUAACAAUAUAAAUUGCCAAGUUGCAGGAUGGGGAAAAACUGAAGAUCAAGUCUUAUCUCCUGACCUCCUGGAAACUGAUGUGACCAUCAUUAACAUCACAGUAUGUGAAAAGGAGUGGACUAAAGCGGACUUGUUUAAACUCCCAGAUAACAUUCUGUGUGCAGGAGGCUAUGAAACUAAAAGUGGAGCGUGCCAGGCUGAUUCCGGUGGGCCUCUGGUCUGUAAUGGGGUGGCAGUGGGCAUUGUGUCCUUCAAUAAUAAUAGCAACUGCAAGUAUCCAGAGUUACCAAACGUCUACACCGACAUUUCAGCUUACAUCGACUGGAUUAAUAGUGUGAUCGAAGCUUAGAGUGGAUUUCUUUUUUUUUGUUGAUUAACCUGAUGUCAUUUAUCUUUGCAUUAAAGUUUAAUUCUUGAAUUAGAAGAAAGA